AUGGGCAACUUCCGCACGAGAUGGUAUAAGACCGACCGAGCUCGGGAUUUCGAGCAUGAGCAGGACCGAGAGGUCAGAGCUCGGCAGGUGUACGACACUAUUGACCGCCAGGGAUUCCAGCUGUUAGUCGUCUUUGUUGCGGGUGUUGGCUUCUUUCUCGAUGGAUACACACUGUUUGCAAGCAACAUGGCUCUUCCGAUGAUUUCAUACGUGUACUGGAGAAAGGAGAUCUCAUCGAUCAAGAUCACUCUGUUCAACAUCGCGACACUGGGCGGCACGCUUCUAGGGCAGAUCUUGUUCGGGUACCUGGCUGAUCGACACGGGCGCAAGAAGAUGUACGGUCUGGAGUUGAUCCUCAUGAUCACAUCGACCCUGGGUGUCGUUAUGGCCUCUCGUGGCGAGAAUGAUUCGAUGAACAUCUAUGCCUGGUUUAUCUGGUGGCGCAUCGUCGUGGGAAUCGGGGUGGGCGCAGAUUAUCCUCUGAGUGCCGUCAUCACGAGCGAAUUCGCGCCGACCAAACAUCGUGCACGCAUGAUGGCUUCCGUGUUCUUCAUGCAGCCGUUGGGGCAGAUCUGGGCGAAUCUGGUGUCGCUGAUCGUUGUCGCCGCCAGCCGUGGAGACACCGAUGAUAUGACCAAGUCCGUGGAUAGGAUGUGGCGCUACGUGAUUGGUAUCGGUGUAAUUCCAGCAGCGAUCGCUACAUGCUUCCGGUUUUUCGUUCCCGAGUCUCCCCGCUUUCUCAUGGAGAUCGACGAUGAUCCGGUGACGACAGAGUUCGAUGCUACCACCCUUUUUACCGAUCUCAACGCGGUUUCCUCAUCUCCGACCCUGGAUACUGAAAGCUGGCACCAUAUGCCGCAGCCGGCGAUCUCACUGACGACUAUCACGGCGGAAGACCGAUCUUCCACCUCUCAAACGGGCAUCCUCCAGCCUGCGACCCUGAACUCCCAUUGGCACCUGACGCGAAAGGAUAUUACCCAGUACUUCUGGGUUGAAGGGAACUGGCGCACUCUUGCGGCGACAUCGGUUUCUUGGUUCUUCCUUGAUUUUGGCUUCUACGGUAUCAGUCUUUCGAGCCCGCAGUUUUUGGCCAAGACCUGGGGGUCACUGCACUUGAGCGCUCCGGCACCCUACUGGCAGACGAACGACAGCCCUUCCGCAAACGUCUACGACAUGUUCUUUGCCAGUUGCACUCAUGCCCUCGUCAUUCUCAACGUCGGCAGCUUUAUCGGCGGCCUCCUUCUCAUCUUGGUGAUCCAUAAACUGGACCGGGUGGCUCUCCAAAAAUACUCCUUUCUCGCACUAUCGGCUCUCUUCAUCGCCCUGGGCAGUAUGCUUAUCAGCAUACAAAAAGAGGGGCCUGUGGCGGUGGUCUUGUACGUCAUUGGACAAGCCCUGUUCAACUUUGGGCCAAACGCUACAACCUAUAUCAUUCCCGCUGAGAUCUUUCCCACUCGUUACCGCGCCACCUGCCAUGGCCUCAGCGCGGGGGCUGGAAAGGUCGGUUCGGUGGUGGUGCAAAUAUUCUCCGCGUACUACAACUUUGGAGGAGGUUUUGGAGAAGCGCCGGUCCGACGCCACGGCUACGUGAUGAUCGUAUUCGCAGCAUGCAUGCUCUUCGGUGCGGCAGUGACGUGCUGGAUCCCUCCGAUCCAGAGGAAGCCGGAUGGUUCUGGGAGAGGCAAAGUGUGGGGAGGCAGGACAGAGACGCUGGAGACGUUGGCGCUCGGUCGACUCGGUCUGGAAAGUCGAUAUGCCGGUCAAAGCCGGAGGAGAAGGAGAGAUGUUGUCACAUGA